AUUAGAUACUUAAAAAUAGAAAAUAUAUUUCAUCCCACGCAUGCUCCAAGUACAUGUAACAAGGCAACACGGAGAGGACUCCAUAAGGUGUGAUUGAAAAGAGAUUCAAGGUUUACUUGAUUAGCCAUGGAUGAUACUUGGAAAAAUGCUUUAACGAAAAAUAGAGUGAAAAUUGUAAAGAAUUUAGCCAACCCAAACAGUGUCGCGGACUGCCUUUUUAGCGAUGGGAUAAUCACCAAGGAAAUGCAUGACGAAAUAGAUCAAAAAGAGCCAAAAGAGGAUAAAACUAGAUUGAUACUGGAUACACUUGUCCGCCGAAGUCAUCGUUGUGUUAAAAGUCUUUAUAAUGCUUUCCAAGAAACUGGGAAUGAGGAAUUAGCUGAACUGUUAGUCGAUUAUGCAAAAAUCAUCGACAACAAGGAGAAUUUUAAUGAUCCUCAAGCUUGGCCACCAGAGACAGACGAACAAGCAGAAAUGGAGAAACACUGUGUUUUUAAAAUAACAGACCACAAGAGUCCUCUAAUGCAUGAAUAUAGAAAAGACGAUGUUUAUCACCUACAUGGUGAAAAACGAGGAAAAGUAUUUAUGAUCAAUAAUACAUUCUCACAUCUUGGUGAAAAAAGGAGAAGUGGCUCGGAGAUCGAUGUAAAGAACUUAAAAGAUUUAUUCGAACAACUGCAUUUUGAAGUCGUAACAAAGACUGAUUUAUCAGCAGAGCAAAUGGUGAGAGUUUUAGAGGAAGAACGAGAUACAGUUAAGAACUGGAAGGAAAUAGAAUGUGUCAUUCUUAUCAUAAUGAGCCAUGGAGAAGGUGCAUACAUUUGUGGAAACGACAACAAAAUUAUCAGACUUACAGACAUAAUAGAAGUUUUUGAUUCUCAGCAUUGUCCAUGUUUGGAUGAAAAACCAAGAUUGGUAUUUGUUCAAGCAUGUCGAAAUGUUGGUCAUUCAGAGAAAGAGCUAGCAGAUUUGUGUGUCAAAUUGGAUAAGAAACUUUUGACAGGUGAUCAACUCGAUUCAGCACCCUACCGGGAUGAAGGCAUAACACAAGUAAAACACCCAUCAGCAGACUUUUUAGUGGCAUACGCAACACCGGCAGAGACGCUUUCAUACAGGAACAUUUACACUGGAUCUUGGUUUCUGAAUGCAAUUGUAUGGACAUUCAAAUACCAUGCUAAACGAGAAGAGUUACAUCAUUUGCUCAUCAGAGUAAACAGAUUAGUUGCAAAAGGUAAAGGCGUGAAAGGUGCUACCGAAAAAUGCACUGUAUCGGAAGUUAAAUCAAAUCUAAGAAAGAAAUUUUACUUCUUUCCUGGUGUUUAUGGAGACUCUCCUCAAUUGUUUAAUAAAUGAUAAAACAUUGUGGUUGCUUCCUGUAUGUGACAUACCAGUCAAUUUAUGAAUAUUGUAAUGUUGUAGUUGCCUGUGUAAUUGAAUUAAUAAAAAAUGUAACACUUUUUCCCCCUCCAUUUUGUAUAAUUCAACUCUAAGGAAUUCGUAUGCUACCAUUCCGAUAU